CAAGCUGUAAAAUGGGAACUGCAAAAGAGCUGGGGGAUCUUACCCAUGAACUGACCUGCCCCAUCUGCCUAGAGGUAUUCACCGACCCGGUGUCUCUGGACUGUGAGCAUCAUUACUGCAGGUCCUGCAUCUCCCAGAGCUGGGAGAAGGUGACAGGAGAUGUUUCCUGCCCUGAGUGUCGGCAGGUCUUCAGUCAGAAGAACAUCAGGCCAGCUCGGACCCUGAGCAGUGUUGUGGAGAAGUUCAGAAAGCUGAAGGCGAAGGUGACAGAGCGAGAGAACGGGUCUUACUGUGAGGAACAUGAGAAGAAGCUGAAACUGUUCUGUGAAGAAGAGGAGGAAAUAAUCUGUGUGGACUGCUGGAGUUCAGAGCAUGAAACACAUGAUGUGACUACUUUAAAAGAGGCAUCCCACAAAUACAAGGAAGCAUUCCAAGCAUGUUUGGAUUUGUUGGAUUGGGAAAUUAAGGACAUGAUUGAAAACAAAGAGAAGCAAGAGGCAAAAAUGGAAGAACUAAAGGCACAAGCAGACCAGCUGAUGGACACAAUUCAAAAAGAGUUUGAAAAGAUGCACAACUUCCUGAAUGAACAAGAAGAGAUCAUGAGAACAAAACUGAGACAAGAAGAGGACAAUAUGUUAAAGAGAUUGGAGGAAUACAUUGGAGCACUUAAUGAUGGAGUCUCGAUCAAUGAGCAGCUCAUCUCAGAGUUACAAGCACGAUUAAAAAUAACUGAGGCAGCAGAGUUUCUCAAGGAUGUUAAGGGCUUUCUCACCAGAUGCGAAAACCGAGCCAAGCUACCAGAGGAAACUGAUGUUGAAAUGACCAUGGAGAUCUUCGGUGAGCCCUUCCAGUUUUUCAGAGUGUGGAAGGGAAUGAGGAGAAUGAUUGAGCCAGUCCCAGAGUCUCUCACCCUGGACCCAAAUACAGCAAAUGAUCAACUCAUCAUUUCUGAGGACCUGAGGAGUGUGGAGCACAGCAACGCAGAGCGAGAAGAGGAAGAUCUUCCUGAUACACCGGAACGAUUUGAUGAAUACCUGUAUGUUUUGAGCUCACAAGGUUUCACAUCAGGGAUUCACUACUGGGAGGUAGAUCUUAGAAACAAGAUCCAGUGGGUUGUAGGUGUCUGUGGAGAGUCUUCCAGGAGGAAGGGAGCCUUCCUACCUUUAACUACGGAAGGAUACUGGGUUAUGAGUUUGUUUAAUGAGAAUGAUUAUCGAGCGUCAACUGUAGAAAGUACCACUAUUUCUGUUGAAGUGAAGCCUUGGAAGCUGGGUGUUUACUUGGACUAUGAAGGAGGAGAGUUGGUAUUUUACAAUGCUGAUAACAUGUCUCACCUGUACACUUUCAGUGACACAUUCGUCGAGAAACUCUUUCCCAUCUUCAGUCCCUGUAAUAACCUAACUGGUAAAAAUGGGGAAUCACUCACACUGCUCACUGGUUAACCAAUCUCUGUUUGACUCCCGUCUGUGUAUAGAGGAACAAACUUGGGGUCGCUAGAGAUAGAACAAAGACAGCGUUGCAUCGGUUGCCCCGUUCUACUCUUUCAAAAUAAAACUUUAAUCAGGCGGGGCCCCAUAACAAAGUCAGAAUCAAAUAGUCAAUGGAAGCAUUCAGAACUGGAAUGGAAACUUAUCAAAAUGUUGCUUUUCGAGUUGAUGAUGCACCCCAGCCACUGCGGUGCCCACUGAUCUUGAAAGAUCUCUCUUGUACCAGUGGACACUGCGUGCUGAAUCUUGAUGGACACCCCAGCACAGACAUACCCACGGAAGAAGAGCAGAGAGUUGGGCACUAACAACGUUUCCAUGAGCCUCUGCCUGGACCUGUUGACGUCCACCUCGGCCAGGUCUUUAGUGCUUUGAUGCAACUGAUUGGCUGUCUUGGCAGUUACCCAUUCUACACUCCGUCCAAUCAAUGUUCCGUCUCAUUGACUUCAGCAGCACUGAACAUCUGGAGCUGAAUUUUAAGUUGAGGUUGGGACCAGAUUGAAGGUGGGUUGGACUCACAGAUUAGAUUAGUUUAUCUACAGCGUGAAAACCGGCCCUUCGGGCCAACAAGUCCACACCACCCCUCUGAAGAGUAACCUACCCAAACCCAUUCUCCUACCCUAUAUUUA